AUGACAAGCAUUAUCAUCACCUCGUUAAUCAUUUGUUCUAUUUUCCUGCUGCCAAUCAAUGGACAAAAUUAUACCGAAAAAUACCGCCUUCAGCUUCAUUAUUCCGUACCAUCGGGCUGGAUGAACGAUCCAAAUGGAUUAAUCUACGCUGACGGAUAUUAUAAUCUAUACUUCCAGUAUGAUCCCAAUUCCAUGGCAGAAGAUUUGAGGCCGCAUUGGGGACACGCAAAAUCAACCGAUCUGAUACACUGGGAGAAUUUACCGAUUGCAAUAUAUCCAUACGAAAAAGGAACGAUAUACAGUGGAUGUUGCGUUUUAGAUGAGAACAAUGUUACCGGAUUCGGUUCGCAUUUACCCGGACAAGCUGAAGAGCCACUCAUUGCCAUAUACUCACUUCAUAACGUCACAACCGAUUCACAAACUCAAGGAUUAUCGUAUUCACUUGAUCAAGGUUUGACGUGGACAUAUUAUGAUGACAAUCCAAUCAUUCCAAAUCCAGGCCUAGAACAUUUUCGUGAUCCAAACAUUUUUAAACGAUACGGAAAAUUCUAUAUGAUUCUGGCUGUUUUCGAUCGGGUUUCAUUUUAUGUUAGUGAAAAUUUGAUAAAAUGGGAACACUUCAGUGAUUUUGGGGAAGGCGACAAAAAUGGUAUAUGGGAAUGUCCAGCCCUAUUUACAUUGAAAGAUGAACAAAACAACGAACAUGAUGUACUAAUUGUUUCCGAGUAUAUAUAUGGUGGUACACCAAAAAUUGGCGGUGUAACUCAAUAUUUUAUCGGACAAUUUAAUGGAACACAAUUCAAUACGUACAAUCAAUCAAGACAAUUGUGGCUUGAAAAUGGCCAGGACAAUUAUGCUGCAGUACCAUAUCACAACGAUCCUCUUGGUCGGAAUGCCAUUUUAAUUGGAUGGAUGUCAAAUUGGAAAUAUGCACAAACGACACCAACAUCAACGUGGCGGGGUCAAUUGACAAUUCCACGUGAACUAGGACUGAAAACUGUUGAUGGCAAUCUUUACCUUAUUCAACAUCCAGUUGAUGAAUUUUACAGUCUCAUUGAUCGGUCACGGCAAUGGUCACUGUCAACACCGUACUAUAUGUUCGGCAAUCAAAGCAUCAAUUUAACAUCACAAAUGACAUUCAAAACUGGAUCAAUGUUUACACUGGAUUAUGAUAUAAACAUUGAAAAUAUUGAAAAUGGCGAGAUUGGCUUGAAAUUCAGCAAUAAUCUUGGCGAAUUCGUUCUAUUCCGUUACAAUGGGAGCAGCGACGGUUAUGUAUUUGAUCGUCAGAACUCUGGAAAUGUUACAUUUAGCCCAAAUUUUGCCAAUCGAAUUUCAAAGGCCAAACGAAUUAAUACGGACAAUCGACUUUGGGGACACAUUGUUUUGGACACUUCAGCGAUUGAAAUAUUUGCCGACGAUGGUUUGAAUGUAUUUACUGCACUAUUUUUCCCAACCGAACCGUUCGAAAAUAUUGAAUUGAUCUUUGAUGCUGAAGACACCGAAAAAACAAUGACCGUGGGAAAACUAAGCGUAUCAGCUCUAAACAGCAUUUGGAUUUAA